AGUAUCGAAAAUGGUAAGUGUUUUUCAUUGAAGAGAAAGAUGAAGUAGAAUUUUUAGAACCUUCUUGCACUUCCCGCGCAUAUUGAGUUUAACUCAACCAAAAUGGCGCCUUCUAGUUCCACUGCUAAAGCACUCGUACGGUCAUACCCAUUUCUAGGAGAGAGAAAAUUUCCCGAAUUACACACGAACCAAACAACAACAACAAAUGGGAGUAGAAACUAAGGAUGAACAAUGGAAGCAGAAAUUUCCAGCAUUUCCAUACAAACCCUAUUCAAUUCAAGUGGAUUUCAUGAAUUCCCUCUAUCAAUUUCUCGACGAAGGUGGCAUUUCCAUGCUCGAAAGUCCCACUGGUACUGGGAAAACAUUAAGCAUAAUUUGCAGCGCAUUGCAGUGGGUCGUUGAUCGGAAAAAACAAAGCAAAUUGAAUUCUGGAAAUAAGGGUUUAUCUGAUGAUGAACCUGAUUGGAUGCGAGAUUUCACGGUGAAGAAAGAAAACCCAAUUCAGGGGAAGAAGAAAAUUGGGGUUAAGUCGAAGAAGUUCGUUGAGGCAAAACGUCGAACAGGUGGUGUGGGUGAUUUAUUCGGCAAUGAGAGUGAAAUUGAGAGACUUGAGAAGGGGGGGAAAUGUGAGGGGAAUGAUGGGUCUUUGAUUGAUGAUGAGGAGUUUUUGGUGGGUGAAUAUGAGAGUGAAGAAGAAGGGGAGGAGGGUGGGGUGUGUAAGAGGAAGGUUUCGGUUAGUUCGUCGAGUGAUGAGGAUGAGGAGGAUAAGUUUGAAGGAGAAGAAGAGGGGUUGAAAGUUUACUUUUGUAGUAGAACACAUUCACAGCUUUCUCAGUUUAUAAGUGAGUUGAGAAAGACUGUGUUUAGUUCUGAGUUGAAUGUUGUCUCUUUAGGUUCUAGAAAGAACCUUUGCAUCAAUGAAGAGGUGUUGAAGAUUGGAAACUCUACCAGCAUCAAUGAACGCUGUUUAGAGCUGCACAAGAGUAAGAAAAAUGGAGGUUCUAAGAUCAAGAAGCUGGAACCUGGAGGAAGGACACGGCGCAGAAAGGCUUCAUCAGGCUGUCCAAUGCUUAGAAAACAAAAGUUGCAAAAAGAUUUUACGAGUGAGGUCUCUCAACUGGAGGCUUUAGAUAUUGAAGAUCUAGUUGAUCUUGGUAGCAGAUUGGGAACUUGUCCAUAUUAUGGCUCAAGACGACUGGUUCCAGAAGCAGACCUUAUUGUGCUUCCCUAUCAGUCUUUAUUAUCAAAAUCAGCUCGUGAAUCCCUUGGUCUAAAUUUGAAGAACAAUGUCAUUAUAAUAGACGAGGCUCACAAUUUAGCUGAUUCCCUUAUUGGCAUGUAUGAUGCAAAAGUUACUUCGUCCCAGUUGGAAAAUCUGCAUCAAUGCUUGGAGAAUUACCUCGAAAAAUUUCAUAACCGUUUGGGGUCUGGAAAUAGGAGAUAUAUCCAAACGUUGAUGGUUCUGACCCGAGCCUUUAUGCAAGCUAUACACGAUGAGAAUGAUACAAGUGACAAUGUUACUAGCACUGCUGUUGAAAGUCCUACACUAGAAGCUCCAAGUAAAUCAUCAAUGACGAUAAAUGACUUCCUAUUUUCUUUGAAUAUCGACAACAUUAAUUUCGUAAAGCUUAUAAAUUAUGUAAAGGAAAGCAACAUCAUUCACAAGGUCAGUGGAUAUGGAGAUAAGCUUACAGGCUUGGAGAAGCAGAUCCCUGGUAAUUGUAAUUCUUUAAGUAAGGAUGGGGGAAGUACCUUGUCUGGUUUCCGGGCGCUACUUGAUAUGCUAUUAUCAUUGACAAAUAAGAAUGUCGAUGGUAGGAUAAUAGUCUCACAGACUAGACCUAAAGGAUUGGGUGAGCAAGAUGGAUAUAUCAAAUAUGUUAUGCUGACUGGUGAAAAGCUUUUCUCUGAGAUUGCAAAUCAAGCUCAUGCAGUUGUCUUGGCGGGCGGAACUCUGCAACCUGUGGAGGAGACAAGUGCGAGGCUCUUCCCUUGGUUACCAUCAGAAAGUUUGCAUUUCUUUUCAUGUGGUCAUAUCAUUCCUCCUGAGAGUAUUUUACCAGUUGCCAUAUCAAGUGGGCCAUCAAGCCUGUCAUUUGAUUUCAGCUAUGCAUCCAGAAGCUUGUCAAAAAUGAUUGAGGAGCUCGGCCUUCUGCUUAGCAAUUUGGUGACUGUAGUUCCUGAAGGAAUAGUUGUAUUCUUCUCUUCAUUUGACUACGAGGACAAGGUCUAUGAGGCAUGGAAAGCAUGUGGGAUUCUACACAGGAUUACCAAAAAGAAGCGUCUGUUCAGAGAACCUCGAAGCAGUUCAGAUAUUGAAGCUGUUUUGAAAGAGUACAAGGAUACAAUUCAUUUGCUAUCUAAUAAAACCUUAAACGAAAGCAAAACAUCUCAAAAUGGUGCAGUCUUGCUGGCUGUUGUUGGUGGCAAGAUAUCAGAAGGCAUCAAUUUCAGUGAUGGCAUGGGAAGAUGUAUAGUUAUGGUUGGUCUUCCUUACCCUAGCCCAUCAGAUAUUGAGUUGAUUGAGAGAAUCAAGCAUAUGGAAGGAAUUGGUGACACAAAUUUCAGCAACCCGUCUCAGGUUUCAGACAAUGACAGAUAUAACGGAGGAAAUCUUCAAGCUGGUUUUGACAUCCUAAGACGUUGCAAGCAUAGAGGCAAAGAGUAUUAUGAAAAUUUGUGCAUGAAAGCUGUGAAUCAGUCCAUUGGUAGAGCAAUUCGUCACAUAAAUGAUUAUGCUACUAUUUUGUUGGUUGAUUCGAGGUAUGCAUCUGAUACUUCAAAGCGAAGUUCUUCACACCCAGCUAACAAACUACCACAGUGGAUACGAGACCGUCUUAUCUCUUCUACUUCGAACUACGGUGAAGUUCACAGAUUGCUACAUCAGUUCUUUAGGCAUAACAAGACUAAAGUAAGUUGAUGUUUGAUAUGUAUACAAUUGUAAAAAAAUCAGUCUGAAACUUCGUAAACUGCUGAGUACAGCAUCAGCAUAAUCAGAAAAAAGAACUUGUAGAUUUUUACGUAGAUCAUUUUCUUAUUAAAAGCAGAAGGUACAGAUGUGAUACAGUAAUUUUCUGAAAGGCAAGCUUCAGUGACAACUCUGACUAGCCAAUGUUACAGGUUAAAGUUCCCUUUCC